AUGAAUAAUCAAUCUUCACGAGUAUCAAUUUCAUAUUCUACUGAACAGCAUAAUCAAGAACAAUUGAAUACAAUUGAAAAUGAUAUUCAACCUAUGGCCGAUGUAACACUUCAAACAGUUCAUAUUACAUAUAGAUCUUUAUAUAGUAUCGUUAGAAUAGUUCAGGCUGUAUUCAAAUUUCCAAAUUAUUGUCGUCAAAUAAUACAAAAAUAUCAUCGACGUCGUGUAGAUAUACAACGAACAAAUUCAUUUCUUAAACAAAGUGUUCUAUCAAAUACAAAUGAAAUAAAUGAAGAUGAACAUAGUAAAAAUUGGAUUGUUGAUCCAUCACAAUCAUUCUAUUAUUAUUGGUCAUCAAUUGUUUCUUUAGCAGUUCUAUAUAAUUUUAUAAUACUUAUUGGUCGUACUGCUUUUUUACUUCUUCAAGAACGUCUUUUAAUUAUUUGGCUUAUUUGUGAUUAUGUUUGUGAUCUUUGUUAUAUUAUUGAUACAUUUAUACAAACACGAAAAGGUUAUCUUGAACAAGGUAUUAUUGUUCGUGAUUUAGAAAAAUUACGAAGACAUUAUAAAAAAAGUCGUAGAUUUCUAUAUGAUAUUAUAUCAUUAUUACCAACAGAUCUAUUAUAUUUUAUUCCAAAAUUUUAUCUUUUACCAUCAUUACGUUUCAAUCGUUUAUUUCGUGUUUAUCGUUAUUUUGAAAUUUUUAAUAAAAUUGAAACACAAACAAAUCAUCCAAAUAUAUUUCGUCUUGUUUCAUUAUUAACAACUAUUAUUAUAUUAAUACAUUGGAAUGCUUGUUUUUAUUUUAUGAUUAGCCGUUGGAUUGGUUAUUCAAGUGAUUCUUGGGUUUAUAAUAUGACAAAACCAACAGCAACAACAUUAACAACACAAUAUUUAUAUUGUUUUUUUUGGUCAACACUUGUGUUAACUAAUAUUGGUGAAGUACCACCACCAAAAACAAAUAUUGAAACUCUCUUCGUUACUGCUGAUUUUCUUACAGGUGUUAUAGUUUUUGCUACAAUUGUUGGUAAUGUUGGUUCAAUAAUUACUAGUAUGAAUGCUGUACGUGCUGAUUUUCGUCAAAAAGUUGAUCAAGUUAAACAAUAUAUGACAUUUCGAAAAGUUGGAAAUGAACUUGAACGACGUGUUAUUACUUGGUUUGAUUAUUUAUGGUUACAAAAACAAGUUGUGAAUGAAGAACUUGUAUUAGAUUCAUUACCACAAAAAUUACGUUUUGAAAUCGCUGUACAUAUACAUUUGGCUGCAUUAAAACGUGUACCAAUAUUUGCUGAAGCUCAACCUGGUCUACUUGUUGAACUUGUUACAAGACUUAAAUUACAAAUUUUUAGUCCAGGAGAUUAUGUUUGUGAUAUUGGUAAAGAAAUGUAUAUUAUAAAACGUGGACGAUUAAAUGUUGUAUCAGAUGAUGGUAAUAAAAUAUUUGUUACACUUGAAGAAGGUAGUGUUUUUGGUGAAAUAUCUAUUCUUAAUAUUCCAGGAAGUAAAACUGGAAAUCAUCGUACAGCUAAUAUUCGAAGUGUUGGUUAUUCAGAUUUAUUUUGUUUAACAAAACAAGAUUUAUGGGAAGUAUUAGCUGAAUAUCCAUCAGCUCGUAAUACAUUAAUUGAACGUGGAAAAGCACAUUUACAUAAAGAUAAUUUAUUAGAUGAAGAUGUAGCACAAAUAGUUCAACAAGAUCAAGCAAUUAUACCAGAAAAAGUAAUAGAAUUACAAAAAAAUAUUGAUUAUCUAGAAACACGAAUGGCACGUAUUAUGAGUGAAUAUAAAUCUAAUAUGACUAAACUUAAUCAACGUUUACAAAUUAUUGAACAAUUAACUGAAGAAAAUUUCAAUAAUCAAGAUUGA